CGCGGGGUGUCUGGCUGCUUGAGAAGCGAUCGAACAACAACCGAGUGAACAUCGCGACCCAGAGCAUCAUGGAUCGAGGCUACGGUUCAGGUUACAGUUGGGGGGGUGGAGGCUAUGGCAGCAAAGCAGGUUCGAGUGGCUUUGACAUGUACAGUGGAGGUUACAAGGACUCGAUGUCCGGGCUCGGGGGCUAUGGAGGAGGAGGAGGGGGCGGCGGAGGAGGGGGAGGCAGCGGUCAAAUGAAGAGGAGUCUCUCCGGAGCAUCCAUGCUCUCAUCUUCAGGCACGCAUGCAGAUGCAGUCAUUGCCAAGAUCAACCAGCGACUUGACAUGCUCACUCAGUUGGAGGGGGGGUUGAAAGGGACCCGGAGUGACAGGUUUGACCAGUACGAGUCUUUCGACUCGCGCACUUCCUCCCUCGCCUCCUCCCGAGAUCUCUACAGAUCUGGCGGCAGUAGCUAUGGCUAUGAUGGUGGCCGUGGUGGGGACAAUCUGCUGUUGGGUCAGCGAGCAGGCUCCGGCUUCGGAGGGGGAAUGGGGCUAGGAGGAGGAGGAGGAGGCGGAGGCUUUGACAGCCCGUCCUCUUCCUAUGGAGUCGCUAAAAUGCGACAGAAUAUGAGGGAUUCCUUCACCAGUAGCCAGGGAGGAGUUUCUGAUGGUGGAGCAUGGGGAGGUGGAGUAUGGGGAGGAGCAGGCCGACGUUCCCCCAGAAGGGGUGGAAGUGCCGGGGGUCGAGGAGCUGGCGGAGGUUUUGGAAAUCUCAGGUCUGAUUCCACUCCAUUAGGCGGUGGGAGGGGAAGUGGCAGUGGUGGCCAGUCCCACCGUGGCCACUCUCCAGGAGGUGGUAGAGGCAAGCUCCCAUCCCUCCUGUCCAACCGCAUGUACCCUGAGAGCGGGGGCUUCUAUCAGGGUUCUGCUCAAGGGCCUCACGACUUUCCAGGGAGGCACUUUGGAGGGGGCCCACGUGCUGGCCGCCAGCGAGGCCGCAAGAGACCCCUCAACAAACAGCAACAUCAGCAGCAGCAGCAACAACAACAGCAGCAGCAGCAGCAGGUGAAGACACAACGUCCAGAUGUCCAGAAAAAGAGAAAACAGAUGCUCACUCCAGCCGAUGAACCCGAAUCCAAGAUCAAUAAGACGGAGAGUGCAGGGACAGAGGUUACCACAGAGCCAGCCGAGAAAAACGGUAGUGCCAGUGAACCAAAGACCGCAGCUGAGGUUCCUGUCUUACAGGCGACAAAACCUGCUGGAGACGCAGAGGGAGAUAAAGCUUCACCCAAGCAAGAAGAGAAGAAAAAGCCACAGGGAAAACAGAGCCCAGUACAAGCCCAGGACAAGCACCCCAAAAUGAGAAAGAGACGGGGCUUCCUGGAAAGGGUGAUGUUUGCCUGCUCGGUCUGCAAGUUCCGCUCCUUCUACAAGGAGGACAUGGAAACUCAUCUCGACAGUCGCUUCCACAAGGACCACUUCAAGUUCCUCUCCGGCCAACUGUCCAAGCCCACAACAGACUUCCUAGAGGAGUAUUUGCAGAACAAGUUUACGAAGACAGACCAGAGGAUCAGCCAGGUAGAGAACCACAGCGCUGCCAUCUGCCAGGUGUACAAAGAGCAGGACCUCACCAGAGAUCUUGGAAUGGAGCACUUCAUGAGGAAGGUGGAAGCGGCUCACUGUGCAGCAUGUGACCUCUUCAUUCCCAUGCAGCAGCACCUGAUACAGAAACACGUCAAGUCUGCCGACCACAACUACAACCGCAAGGGGAUGAUGGAGCAGUCUAAGAGGGGCAGCCUGUCUGUCGCUCGGAGCAUCCUGAACCACAAACUCAUUGGCAAGAAGCUGGAGAGUUACCUCAAGGGUGAAAACCCGUUCACUGGUAACCAGGACGACCAGGAUCCAGAUGACUCCAUGGCUAUGGACGUGUCCGAGCUGGACUUAACCAGUGAGACAGCCGAUGGUCAGACCGCUGAUGAGCAGACCGCCGAUGAGCAGACAGCUGAUGAUCAGACAGCAGACAGUAAAGCAGCCGAUGGUCAGGAGGCAGACGGUAAAGCAGCUGAUGAUCAGACAGCCGACAGUAAAGCAGACGAUGGUCAGAAGGCAGACGCUCCAGCAGCUGAUGGUCAGAAGGCAGACGCUCCGGCAGCUGAUGGUCAGACAGCUGGCGGUCAGAUGAAGGAGGAGACAGAGGAAGGCGCAGUUCAAGAGGCGGUCAAGGUUGAAGCAGUAACUGAAGCAUUAAAGGAGGAAAAGAUGGAGGAGGACCUAGGAAUGGGAGGAGAAGAAGGGGAGCAGGAGAACCAGGAAGAAGAGGAUGGUUUCGAAGUGGGAGAAGACGACGAGGGGGAGGAGGGAUAUGUGGUGCACGACGAGAUUGGCGAAGAGGGAUUAAUGGGCGAGCUGGAUGAUGAUGAGGAUGAAGGAGUGGAGGCGGCCGAAGUUGAGGAGGAAGAGAAUCACAAAUGACUUUUGCACCCUGGGUUUGACCUCAACCUAAAACAUCUGUCUGGACCAGUCAGUGACCCCUCCACCCUCGCUUCCUAAUUUCCUUGUCAGGCUUAUUAACAAAUACACAUAUUGUACCUGCUCCCUCCAUUUCUUUCUAUAAUGACUUUUUUUUGUUGUUAAAGGAACAGUUCAACGUUUUGGGAAAUAGUUUUAUUUUUUUGCAGUUUUUAGAUGAAAAGAUAACUUUAACUACAGCUGCUUUCCGCAGUUUCUCCACAUUUCCCCCGGAGGAGGUGCAAUCUGUGAACGCAAAUGUCAGAGUGAGACGCGGUGCAGUUUCUGUGGACUUUAUCCAAUAGAUGAACGCAAAUAUGAAAGAAAACAAUUAUAUCACGGUGACACACACACAGAAGACUCCGAUGAAUGUGUAGAGAGAGUUUUACGGUGAUGAGAGCUGACGACGGUGUCCCGCUGCCGUAAGCUAAAUGACGUGGUCUUCACAGCAGAGUUAAUAUGUCACUUCCUGUCUCUGUCUGCUGCCUGAAUAAUGCAGAGGAUAAGUUGCUGGUGUGUCUGUGGAGAGAAACUCCUGCUGUGUUGUGCAUGUGCGAAAUGCAAACUCUGGGUCAACACCAAAACCAACUCUACGGAUUUUACCCGGAGGUCAUGUCUGGAAAACGGCUCAUGUGUUCCUCUAUUUAUUAUCUUAGACUGUGGAUCUCCAGAGCCUCCUGAUGAACACUCAUAAUAACAUUAAACAUCUCCACUGCAGCGGUUUGCACCGUUACUUUAUCCUUUGUUUUAACAAGACACAGAAUAAUUGUAUUUACUAGAAUGUUUAACUGUUCCUCUUAAUAGUUUUUUCUUGUGCCUCUAAAUUUUUGACUCAUUUGUUUAGAAUUUGUCAUGAGUAUUGUAAAGUUGAGACAUGAUGUACUUUGUUUUUUCUUCUGAUCAGAGUUGACACAAUGUCGCAGCUUUCUGCUUAUUAUCAGUAUUCAUGAUGAAUGGAUGUUUGUUCUCAGUUUUACUUAAAUCUAGAACAAUGUGGGUUUUUCCUCCUGCAGCUGCAGUGACUGAGAUAUGACGGUGAACUCUACUGUUUGUAGCGUUAAUGGAAUAUUCAGUCGUUGUCCUCUUUAAUGGUUUUGUGUCACUCUGAAUAAGAAAUAAACUUGUUGAAAAAAAUCA